AUAUUUGUACUUUGUUACGAAAGAUUCAUCUGUGUGAAAGGAAAAUCAUUAGUGUCAUUAGGGCUCUAUGAGCAAACUGGAUCAUUUAUAUCCAAGUCUAGUUGUUGUAAUCAUUUUAAACAUUCUUUUUUAUUUUUUUUAUUUAUCAGUCGGUGAAAUUGUUUGAGAAUCGUACGACCCAUCGACGACUUAUUUACAAUCGAGACGUGUGUUGAUGAACCGUCGCUCGUAUAUCGCGCAGCAAAUCAGCCAAGCCAAUUGGAGCAACUUAGCGUUUCCUGUCGUGAAGAACGUCCUUUGAAAGGGACCGUCUGUCCCUCUUACAUCAAAUAUCGGCUACGCAAUUUCCGAAUGGCACUCGAGACGAUGGAGGCGUCGUAUUUGCUCGUUCGAUGGCGACGUUCAUUCAGUUCAUUUACUAAAUCAUCAUUCUAAAUAGAUUCUACCUUAACUGUACAAUAAUAUUUAAUAAAAAUGAUACAAGGUUGUGGAGUGGAAAUGAGUGUCGCGAUUAUUUGGAAGUUACUCUUGAUGCUGACGAUGUCUUCUUCGAGGGUGUUUUCAGCGGACAACGUGUGUCCAAAAAUGGAAAAUUACACGGUCACGUCGAUGGAAACGUACACAGAGCCGGUUAUCGUGAAUACGUUCACCUGGUGUCUACAGAUCCCACCCAGGUGUCCGAAGACGCGGACCGAGAUGAGGCAACGAUAUCGCGUAAAGACAGAGUGGAAGACCAGGGGAGUGAUCGAGUGCUGCGAAGGCUAUAAAAUGAUCACGAGCAGUGACAGCAUGACAGGCAUCAGGUGUCUGCCACUUUGCGAAAAAUGUCACUCGGGAAUUUGCGUCUCUCCGAACCAGUGUUACUGCGAUCCUGGAUAUCACGGAGAUAACUGUACGAUCGAGUGUCCAAGAGGCACGUGGGGCUCGCUGUGCAAAGAGAAAUGCAACUGCACCGAGGACGUACCUUGCAAUCCCGUAAAUGGACUGUGUGCGUGUCCGCCAGGAUUACGUGGACAAACGUGUAACGAGUCGUGUCCAGAUGAUCGUUGGGGUCCUGAAUGUGCAUUUCCAUGCGAAUGCAAGAAUGCACCGAACGCGUGUCACCCCGAAACAGGUCGAUGCAUCGGGAACGACGUUUCCGCGAUGAACGAUAGUUACUCACAGAAUCUUGACGAAGAGAACAAGGAACCGGUAAACUUCACGAUCGUCGAUCAUACCGGGGAUCCUUCUCGAAUUUGGCAAACGACGGAAAGUCCGACAGAAGGUGUAGCCGGUUACCAGACACUCGCCACCACGGUUAAUCCUGGCAGAACGAGCAGCCCGGAAGCGACGAACGUCUCGAGCUCGGAUCAGAUGAAAAUUAGGACACGAGAAGAGGGCAACUCGAGCACCGCCAGGCCUGUGAUCGUUUUAGUUUCCGUCCCAGAACGGAGACGGAACGUUGAAAAGGAACGAGGGAAAUUCGGGAUGAAGAAUCCCUUCUUGGGACACAUCGGCGACAACGUUGAUAUCGUACCUCCUAAGACCGAUUACGUUAAGAAUAUUCAUAAAGUAGACAACGUUCAGCCAGCCCCGAUACCCCUGGACAUAGCUCUAAUCGUGGUAGCUUCGAUCGUAUCUUUGGGAUUGACCUCGGUAGCCGUGGUGAUGAUUCUUCACAUGCGUUCGAAACUGCUCGAAACAGCCAGGUUGUCGAUUUACGAGGAAGCAAAGACGAAGAAUCAAGAGAACCCAAGUGCAACGAGGAUCUCCUCGAUAGUCAUGGCUGCUCUUCCUCAAACUCCAAACGUGAGCCCCUUGUUUGCGUCCACUUCGGAGCCAAGAACGGUAUUUCCGGUGAACAGUAUCGAUCCUUCGAGCAACUAUGCCAACGGAUCUGCCACGAUCGGUUUUCGUGUAACCGGUGAUCUACGCGAGUUUCUGCAGAACGAUCAUUACGACCGACCACCGUCGACACGAAUUCGUUUACAGAACGAUUUUGACGCGAACACGGAACACGUUUACGACGAAAUCCCAUUGCAAUCGAGCCCUUUACACUGUCGUAAAAACGCGUGAAGGGAUCGUCGGUGUGAAUUAUAAAUCGACCCUAAUGUAUUGAACGUAGGAGAAACUUGGUAUGUUUGUUUUGCAAAGUGAAAACCGUGUCUCGUACAGAAAAUUAUAGUAUUGUAUAAUAUCUAUUAACUGGUUAACUAACGGUGCAAACGUUCGUUAGACACACUGUAAUUAGAAUUAUCGAGUGAUACGAUCGUAUUACUUUUCGAUUCUCCACGGUAGUCAGCGCGUUAAUCACGCGAAACGUGCAAUCUUUCACUUGAACAUUUCUAACGUAAUACCUCGUCCAAUUAUCAACUCGAUAAUCCGGUUCAAUAAUUUCGUUUGUUUUUCUACGUUGAAUAAUUUCGCUGGUAAGGAGGAUGAUGUCAUUGACAAGUCCGGUACCAGUCAUCAAUGACCUCACCAGGUCAACGCAUAGGAUUUCACUGAAGAAAGCGGUGUCUUAUCUCGUCGUUGUUCGAGUCAAGCUCGCGUGCGAUUCCGAAGGCGGAUGUGAAAGAGUCAGUUCGUCUACGGGUUCGUAGGAAAAAUCUAACCGGACUGGUUUCCGACCUUACGCGGGCUCGUUUAGCGUGCAAGGCUGAACGUGACUGCAAUCGGUUCCUUGGUCGGGUAGAAAAACGACCCUGGGUUAACGGCGCCGAUUAUAUUAUCCAACGGGGCGUGUACCACGACGAGACAACUUUUCCUCGCUCUCUUUGACGUCAAUCGACUUGCAUUCGAGCCCCCGACGACGUCAACCAUGAACACGCGAGCUUUUUACACAGGUUACACCAUAAACGAACGGCGACUGGAACUAAGUUGCAAAAUGAAAAAAUCAGGGGGACCAGUCGUUCGAUGGAUUAUUCAAAACGGGGGUGUGUUCUCAACUGCAGAUGAGGGUUGAUUCUUAUUAUUCGUGAUUGCAGUGGAAUGUUUGUUGUAUUAAAUUAAGGGUUAAGUUUGAUUUUUGUUCGUGUAAAUAAGAUGAUACGUAUACCAAAGAAUUUGUAUUCCAAAGAAGAGUAAGUUUAAAAUAAUUCAUAAGA